AUGGAGACGAUUCGUCCAUCGGGAUCCUCUCCCUCACGCGUCGCCGUCCCUGUCUCGCUUCCGAGAACCUGUUCUUCGUCUGGCGACGUGACCCGUUCCUACUCUCGCUCCGCUUUGUCCUUCGCCAGAGACUUGGGUGCUUCCUGCGUUUUUGCCUUGGUCCUUUUCUGCGCCCUCUCGUCGUCCUUGUCUUCCGACCGUCUGUCUCCGUCCUCGCUCCCACGAGCCUCCUUCGCGGCAGGCGUGGGAGCCCCGCCCACGGGCGAGCAGUUCCGAGACAUCAAACGCGUGCUUCUGCGUCUGGAAGCCCACGACGGUAGAGUCUACGACCUCGACGUGGGGGGACUGCAUGCGGUCGCUGGGGGCCAGCCGAUGGGGGCUGCGCCCGGGCAUCUUGCCCCCGGGGCUGCGGGGCACCAGCGGGAGUUGCCCGCUGGUGCACCGGAGCAGAAGCCGAGCACGUGGCGCAAAAUCUCGCACCACGCGGCCAACACGGUUGUGGCGUCUGUCUUGUUUUUGGCGAUCGGCGAGGCGUACAACUGGCUCAAGAGACGGAGACAGCAGCAGCGCAUGCAGCAAGUCCGCGAGGAAUUGGAACGGGAGAAGGAGAUGCUGGCGCUCCAGUUGAAAAGCGUGGAGCAGCGGUUGGAGGGUCUCGAGCAGCUCGAGGCCGAGGAGGAGCGCGGCGAGCCGGGAAAACGCAUGACGGGGAAGCAGAAGGCGGAGCUGUCGAUGCUGAGAAAGGAACGCGAAGAGCUUGUCAUCCAGCAGCAACGAAACGAACUCCGGGAUGGCCAACUGAACGGCUUUCCCGUCGCGAAGAAGGCGACGUUUUCGGGCGUUGCGGGCUUUGGAAACAAAGCGAAAAAGUCGCGUGGAAACAAGAACGGGAGUCGGAAACGCGAUAACCGCUCCGGAGACGAAGACGUGACAGAAGAAUCCGACCCAGACUUUCGCCCCCCCCGAGAUGGUCGUGGCAACGAAGACUCCUCUCCGGAUGCGCUGGACUCUGUGACCUCGCCGAGAGGCGCAAAUGAGGAGGCUCAGAGCUCCUUGCUGCGGAGGGGAGAGCAUGUGGACACACCGGAACGGUGGGGAACAGGAGUGCAGAGCACGGCGGCGAGUGCGAAGCGAGGGCAAACACCAGAACAAGGCAGAGCUGCAGGGAUCGGCAGUAAGGAGACCGAGACGGCCUCGACUCCGCUGGCGACAGGCAGUGGCAACGUGAGUGCAGAAGAAAGCGCGAAGGACAUGAACGCGGGGGAAGCUGCAGAGGCCAAGGCCAUCGGCAGGAGGAACGAGGGAGAAAAGGGACCUGUGGCGGGAGAGACAGUUGAGACCGGAUUCCGAGACAAAAGAAGGGGGAAUGAGGGGAAGAAAGCGACGCACGAGAGAGUGGCCGGCCGAGAGCCGUCUGAGAAGAAGAUCCAAGUGGCGGAGGACGAGGACGACGAAGGCCUAAUGCAGGGGGAAGCAAGCUUGGGAGCUAAGAAGCUCAGAUACAUCUCGCAGCUGCUGCAAGAGCAUCCGGGUCUUUCUCCCGAGGAAGCGAUCGAUAUGGUGCAUUUCAUGAGCAAGGGACAUCCCCAUGAGAAUCACGCGAAGCGCAAUCGCGGCACAACUGGCGGGCCCUAG